GACGCUCAACCCGAAGUUGCGAAUCCAUCGAUGUAAUGAAAUGGUUACAAGUCGUUCAAUCCGGAUAAUCAGACACAAUUACUUUUCAAAAAACAGCGCAAAAGCAAACCAUUCCAGCUGUGUUUAUUGUAACAGAAUGUGCUGUGGAACGAAGACGUGAGUGUGCGCGCUGGAGACGCUGACGCUGGACUGUCAAUGCCCGGAUUCUCUAUUGAUCAUGCUUAUGUAUGGAGAUAUAACUUCUUAAAAUAAGCAGAAAUGUGGUCGGCUCGUUUUCUUCUCCUCUUCUGCCUCGUCCUCAUAACUGUGGUGGUACAGAGGAGCAUCGGGCAGUCAGUGUGUCCUGGCACUGAUAACAAGCUCAGCACGCUGUCGGAUUUGGACCAGCAGUACAAAACUCUUCACAAGUUCUACGAGAACUGUGAGGUGGUCAUGGGUAAUCUGGAGAUCACCAGUAUUGAAAGAAACCGCAACCUGUCUUUCCUCAAGUCCAUCCGUGAGGUGACGGGUUAUGUGUUGGUGGCUCUGAAUCAGUUCGACUAUCUUCCUCUGGAGAACCUGCGUAUCAUCCGAGGCACUAAACUGUAUGAAGGACGCUAUGCCUUGGCCAUCUUUCUCAACUACAGACGGGAUGGCUACUUCGGCCUUAGACAACUCGGCCUCAAGAACCUGACAGAAAUCCUGAAUGGAGGCGUGUAUGUGGAUCAGAAUAAGUUCCUGUGUCACGCUGACACCAUCCACUGGCAGGACAUCAUCAAGAACCCGCGUUCUGAACUUCUGGUCGUGCCCUCAAACAACAGUGGCAACACAUGUGAGCGCUGCCAUAGUUGUAAUAAUCGUUGUAAAAUCCACCAAUGUGUAGAGUGCUUCACUUUUGUCUUCCUGGUUACAGUGACAAAGACAGUGUGUGCAGAGCAGUGUGAUGGACGCUGUUUUGGUCCGUACGUCAGUAACUGCUGCCACCGUGAAUGUGCAGGAGGCUGUUUCGGACCCAAAGACACAGACUGCUUCGCUUGUACCAACUUUAAUGACAGCGGGGCCUGUGUGACACAAUGUCCUCAGCCAUUCGUCUACAAUCCAACAACCUUCCAGCUCGAGCACAAUCCCAACGCCAAAUACACUUAUGGAGCUUUCUGUGUCAAGAAAUGCCCACACAACUUUGUGGUGGAUCACAGCUCUUGUGUCAAAGCGUGUCCGAGCAACAAGAUGGAGGUGGAGGAAAAUCAUAUCAAGAUGUGCAUCCCAUGCACUGACAUUUGUCCGAAAAUGUGUGAUGGUAUAGGUACCGGCAAGCUUCAAAUGGCUCAAACUGUAGAUUCCAGCAACAUUGAGAUGUUUGUCAAUUGCACCAAGAUCAAUGGCAACCUUAUCUUCCUCAUCACAGGCAUUAAAGGAGACAUGUAUCAUGGUAUCGGUGCUCUGGAUCCUGAGCGACUGAAUGUGUUCCAGACUGUCAGAGAGAUCACAGGUUACUUGAACAUCCAGUCUUGGCCAGAGAACAUGACUGACCUUGGUGUCUUUUCCAACCUUGUCACCAUAGGAGGAAGAACACUUUAUAGUGGUAUUUCUCUGCUGAUCCUGAAGCAGCGCUGGAUCUCUUCGCUGAAGUUCCAGUCUCUGAAAGAGAUCAGCGCCGGUAACGUCUACAUGACCAACAACAGUCAGCUCUGCUUCUACAACACAGUGAACUGGACCAGUCUGUUCCGCACCAGCACCCAGAGAGCUCUGAUCAAGAGCAACAGGGACCCCAGAGAGUGUACUCAGCAAAGGAUGGUGUGUGAUCCGCUGUGUUCAGUGGCAGGAUGCUGGGGUCCCGGUCCAGAUCACUGUCUGUCUUGUAAAUACUUCAGCCGGGGAAAGACAUGUGUGAAAGCCUGUAAUCUCUAUGAUGGAGAUGUUCGCGAGUUUGCCAAUGGAUCAGUGUGUGUGGAGUGUGACAGCCAGUGUGAAAAGGCCGAAGAUAAAACUUUUACCUGUCAUGGCCCUGGUCCAGAUCACUGUGUGAAGUGCUUGCAUCUCAAAGAUGGACCCAACUGUGUGGAGAAAUGCCCUGAUGGUCUGCAGGGAGCAAACAGCUUCAUCUUCAAAUAUGCUGAGACCAACAACGAGUGCCAUCCCUGCCACCCCAACUGCACCCAGGGGUGUACUGGACCCCGGAUCCAAGAUUGUAUUGGGAUGCUGGACAGGACUCCUCUGAUUGCAGCUGGGGUGAUUGGGGGGAUGUUUGUGGUCGUAAUCGUGGCCCUCGGAUUUGCUAUCUUUUUCCGACGGAAGAGCAUCAAGAAGAAAAGAGCUUUACGCCGUUUCCUGGAAACAGAGCUGGUGGAGCCUUUAACGCCAAGCGGCACGGCGCCCAACCAGGCACAGUUGCGUAUACUGAAAGAGACGGAGCUUAAGAGGGUCAAGAUCUUGGGAACAGGAGCCUUUGGCACUGUUUACAAGGGAAUCUGGGUUCCAGAAGGAGAAACUGUGAAGAUUCCAGUGGCCAUAAAGAUACUCAAUGAAAGCACAGGACCAAAAGCCAAUGUGGAGUUUAUGGAUGAGGCGCUGAUCAUGGCCAGCAUGGAGCAUCCUCAUCUAGUGCGUCUUUUGGGGGUCUGCCUGAGUCCCACUAUUCAGCUGGUAACUCAGCUCAUGCCCCAUGGCUGCCUGCUGGACUACGUACAUGAACACCAGGAGAACAUCGGCUCCCAGCUGCUGCUCAACUGGUGCGUGCAGAUCGCAAAGGGUAUGAUGUACCUGGAGGAGAGGCGGCUGGUGCACAGGGACCUCGCGGCCCGAAACGUCCUGGUGAAAUCUCCAAACCACAUUAAGAUCACUGAUUUUGGACUUGCUCGACUGUUGGAAUCCGAUGAAAAAGUGUACAGUGCGGAUGGAGGCAAGAUGCCCAUUAAGUGGAUGGCCCUUGAGUGCAUUCACUACAGGAAGUUCACACAUCAGAGUGAUGUAUGGAGCUAUGGGGUGACUAUCUGGGAGCUGAUGACGUUUGGAGGAAAGCCCUACGAUGGGAUUCCCACACGUGAGAUUCCAGACAUCUUGGAGAAGGGCGAGCGUUUGCCCCAGCCACCCAUCUGCACCAUAGACGUCUACAUGGUGAUGGUCAAAUGCUGGAUGAUUGAUGCUGAUAGUCGGCCUCGGUUUAAAGAACUCGCUGCAGAGUUCAGCCGCAUGGCACGAGACCCUCAGAGAUACCUCGUCAUACAGGGGGACGAUCGCAUGAAGCUGCCCAGCCCCAACCACAGUAAGUUCUUCCAGAGUCUUCUAGAUGAGGAGGAGCUGGAUGACCUGAUGGAUGCUGAGGAGUACUUGGUUCCUCAUUCCUUAAAUGCUCCUCCCACUUCCCAUAUGCCCCACCCACAUGUAGAUUCAAAUCAAAACCAGUUUGCAUAUCAUGAUGGAAGUUUGUGCCCUGAAGAAGUGACAGGGUCCCGACCUCAUGAGGCAGUUGCUACAGGAAGUGGCCCCUCUGUCCUGGCAGGUAUACAAAGAUCAGGUCUGGACCCAGUAGAUGAUCAACACUGCAAUGGAAGCUUAAAGAAACAGUCCACAGCUCACUCAGUAGAGGACAGCAGCGUACAGCGUUACAGCGCAGACCCAACUGUCCUACUGGGAGAGAAAGGACAUAGGGAAGAUACAGAUGAGGAUGGUUAUAUGUCCCCUAUGAAGGACAAGAUCUCUACAAAUCAUCUGACCCCCAUUGAGGAGAAUCCUUUUGUAACAAGGCGAAAAAAUAAAGAUGUUCAUGCGCUAGACAACCUGGGUUACCACAGCACCCCUGAUGGGAAGCCCAAGUGUGAAGAUGAGUAUAUCAACGAGCCCCUUUACCUCAACACAUUCAACAACACCAGCGGCAUGAACCAGGAGAUGUUAAGGAAAAAUGGAAUCUCCAUCCCAUUGCAGGUGACCACAGCAGCCCACACUCAAGGCACCCAUGUUCCCCACAUCACACAAAUGGGAAAACCCCAUCAUCCCAGCCACGGACCACACGUUCAUUUUGCCAUACCGCCAGUUCAGCCGGUACACCCUGGACCCAUGAGCCAAAAUGAUCAUCAUACCCAUUCGGUUCAGUCGGUUCAUGAUCACGGCAGCAAAUCUGGGCCGCCAGCGCCAGCAGGCCAGAUCUGUCUAGUGAGCCAUCAAGUCCAGCCAGGGCACCCAAGCAAAUCUAAUCGUUCGCCCCAACAGUUUCACUUGGCAAAGUCCGGUAAAGGUGGCACAAUGGGCCUACCGGGUCAUCCGGUGCAACCGGGCACCCAGAUUGGGACCGCAUUAGUGGACAAGAUGUACAAGAAUAGCUUUGACAAUCCUGAGUAUUGGCAGCAAAGCCUUCCGCCCAAUGUUACCCCUCAAAACUCCCAAGACUCUUCGGUGAUCUGCAAUAACAAGUUCAUUUACAAGCAGAAUGGCCGCAUACAGCCUGCUGUGGCUGAAAACCCUGAAUAUCUGUCUGGUAUGAAGCCAGGAACAGUCCUGCCUCCUCCUCCGUACCGGCAGAGGAACACUGUGGUCUAACGUCCAUGUCUCCAUGCUCUGUAGAGCCUGGUUCUUCUACCAGCACCUUAAAUGUCUUUCCUUGAUCCUCUGGUGGUCAAAAAUGGGACGAGAGACAAUGUAAGCCACUGAACUGACAUUAUGUCACAUAAAAUAUGACAUAAAAACCAUUGGGGGAAGGUCAACGCAACCCAUCCAUCCACAAAGACCUCGCCAAUUGUCCAGGAACUUUUUUUUUUUCCUCUACAGGUA